CCUGUUCUAAGCUUGAUAAAAGGUGGCCUAUCGGAGGCUCAAGCCGGCUGCACAAUAUGGAAAGACGUAAGCAAGGAAACGUUCGAGCUGUUCGUCAAAUUUGCAUACACCGGCAACUACUCGAUACCAGAGACUAAAAAGCGCGACUUAGUUGUGAAACCAGAAAGAGUGAAGAGGAAUACCUUUACUGAUCAGGCCUCGCCAAGUUCUUCGAGCGGAAUACAAGCAUGGCAUAAGGCUGAGGAAGUAAAUAAAGCUCCUGCCGUCGAGGAACCGAAGGAGUAUAUCGAAAAGCCAGUGGCGUACGAAGAAGAAGUGGCAGCGGAGGCUUCCUCCGACUAUAAUCAUGGAAGAUUCCGCAAAGACAAAAAGAGCUCGCCACCACCAGUCGUUCGAACUACACGAGAAAAAUACCCAGAGCCUCCCUCACCCAGGCUCUCCGCAACCGACUUCCCCUCCCUCUUCUACCCUCUACUAACGCCUCGCAACAACCAUGACAGCACUUGCGAGCCAAUUGAGCAAUUUGAACCAGACCAGAGUUAUUCCAACGUGCUUCUUGCCCACGCCUCGCUAUAUAUCUUGGGCGAUUACCGACUCAUCGACUCGCUGAAAGCAUUAGCUUUGUACAAACUCCAUAAGACGCUAUGCAUAUUCCAGCUCAAUGAUGAGAAUGUUAAGGAUGUUAUCGACUUUGCAAGGUAUACGUACUCUGAGGGUCAAUGUUUGGAAGAAGGUAGGUUAAGGGGUCUGGUUUGUCGGUAUAUGGCUACGAAUGCAGUUGUACUAUCCCAUGCUGAGGAAUUCAUAGACCUCCUAGGAGAAGAAGGCGAGUUUGUUAAAGAUUUCUUCAAGUUUGAGUUGCAGAUGAUCCAUUGA